CGGGAAGCCUCCGAGCUAGGGUCCUGCCGCAGCGCCCAGGGAGUGAGCCAGCCUGUUCGCAAUCAAGUCGAAGCAGUGUUCCCACUACUAUAUUUAUUCAGCUGUUCCAAUGGGAUUUUCUCUUAGUAAAUCUGCUACUCAAGUAUCUGCUAUGUGUAUGGAUUCAAAAGUGGAUAAUCACUUAAAAGGGACUGAGAAAAGCAAGUUGGAACCAGUGACUCAGUUAUUUCAAAACAUCAAGAAAAUAAAAUUAGAAGACACAAACCAAGAAAACUUUACAAGAUGUAAAGAGACUGGCACAGGAUCUCUUUCAGAGAAAACCUUAGGUUCAGUGGUUUAUGUUAAAGAAAGUGAUGGAAUAGAAGUGACAGAUGUGGAAUGAAGUUAUUUGUACCUAAAACCAAAGAAACCGAAAAUCGCUUUUGACUAAGAGGGCAUGUUGAAUAAGAAGUUGACCUUACUAGGAAAACCUAACAAAAUGAAAGAAGAUGAUCGAUUUUUUUCACUGUUUAUGAAUCACCUCAGACUAUAUUUUUUGAUGAUGCAUACUCAAACUAGUUACUUUAGGGAGUUACUUUAGAACUUUCUAAAAUUCAAAGGAAAAGUCUCUGGUAUUACAUUCUAUCCUUGUCAUAAUUGGAGUUUUUUGAGUAACAGUAUUUAAAUGGCACCAAAACGUAUUAAUUAAAUAUUUAACAAGUGAUCAAAAACACAAAACAGUGCCCAGUUUGACAUCAGUGUGUCACACUACUUCUUAGUGUACCGAUUUUUUUUCUUCCACAUUGGAUUCAUUUCAGAGCUACAAAAUACUUAUUUCAAUGUGUAAUAGUUUAUCUUAUAGAUGCUACCACUUUAUACCACCAAUAUUUAAUAUAAUAAAACAGGCUUAAAAUUCUUAUAUAUCAUUUUGCCAUUCCUACUGGCAAUACUGAAAUAUGUAUUAGUUUGAAAUAGCAGGAGUUCCAGCCAAGAUGGAGGCAUAGGUAGAAACCCUUCGCUUCCUCGCACAACCAAAAGGAGGGUAACAACCAAUCUAAAAUCAAUAAACAACCAAAAUCACCAGAAAAUCAAACUGCAUGGAACUCUGACAACCAAAGAAUUAAAGAAAAAAUCAACCAGAACCAGACUGGUAAGGCAGCAGACUGAAUGGGCCAACUCUGAAAAAUGGCGGCAAUGCAACAGCCUUGGAGGUGUGGCUGGGUGCUGAGUUUGGCGGGCUGCACA